CUGGGUAUUGCGCACAAUCUAGACUUAGACCGUUGAUUGCCUCUGUCUUACCAAUAUGCGGGCUAUAUGGACGUUAGUUUUUGCGUGGAAUAUGCUACAGCCAGCAGUCGCGACCGCAGAUACUGUUAUGAAAGAUCUCGCGGCAACAAACAUACCGAGUUUCGUGCUGGAAUAUGCGCCUCUUGUAUGGCUGCAUAGCCAAGAUCCGUACAUGCCCUCCGACAUUGGACAGCAAGUUGUACAUACUACGCCAAUGGUUGACCAUAAACCGAUCCAAGGGGCGCAGUCACCCUUGACUCUUGAUAACCUCGACAGCUUGAACAGUCUGGGCAACACAAGCGUUUACUUGACAUCCCUGGAAGGUAUUAACGCUUCUCCGCAGCCAGCGUGGUUCAAGGGCACCGCUCCAGAUCAACAGGGCAAGACAAACGGCGCCAUCUCCUCAACGAUUAUCAUUCGUGAUCACAACAAUGGGACGGUGGACGCCUUUUAUUUUUACUUCUAUGCGUACAACGAAGGAAACACUGUCCUGGGCAUGGAAUUUGGUGACCACGUCGGGGACUGGGAGCACAAUAUGAUCCGAUUUUCGAAUGGGAGCCCCCAAGCGAUUUGGUAUAGUCAGCAUGCUGGAGGACAAGCCUUUACGUACGACGCAACUGAGAAACAAGGCAAGCGGCCAUAUGCAUACUCGGCAAAAGGCACGCACGCUGUUUACGUUAUGGCGGGCGAUCAUGACCAUACGCUUCCCCAUCUCAAUCUCCCCGCCGGAUUUGUUGUUGACCACACUGACCGCGGGUUGCUGUGGGAUCCCGUACUGAGCGCCUAUGCAUAUAGCUAUGAUUCCGACAGCAGGACCUUUCGGCCUUAUGACCCCAGUUAUCCAGUUAACUGGUUGAACUUCAAUGGUCAGUGGGGAGAUGAUGCAUUGCCGGGUGGGCCUGAGCUAUUUGGUCAGAAGAAGUACAGCGGGGGACCAAAUGGACCGAAUUUUAAGAAGCUUGUUCGCGACAAAGUGUGUCCGGACAACCCAUGCAUUGUUAUCCCGUUUCGAGUAUGGAGAACAGCAUCAGUAGAGCAAGAGUGAUCGGUAAUGCAAGGGAAAUGCGGGAUUUAAAGCUUGAUAACUGUGGAGACAAAGAGUUGAAGCUUUCAGGGCCCAUUGUUAUGGCGUGGUGGAGGCUGUGAUGGCCAAGAUUGUGAUUGCAUAAGUCCCAAGAUAUUCACUUAUAUUACGCCCCAGAGUAUAUAGUAGAAUGGGCAUUGCAUAGACACAACAUGUGAUAUCACGAAA